ACUGGCCAUCAUUAGGGGAUAUCAAUGGGAGGGAACACUGGUCAUUAGUGGGGCAUCAGUGUGAAGGCACCUGCCAAUGGGGUAUCAGGGGACAUCAGUGUGAAAGCACCUGGGCACCAUUAUUGGGGCAACAGUGGGCACUGGUCAUAACUAGGGGGCAUCAGUAUGAGGGCACCUAUCACUGGGGCAUUAGGAAAUACUGGCCAUCACUGGAGGGCAUCAGUGUGAGGGAACCUAUCACUGGGGCAUUAGGGAAUACUGGCCAUCACUGGAGGGCAUCAGUGUGAGGGAACCUAUCACUGGGGCAUUAGGGAAUACUGGCCAUCACUGGAGGGCAUCAGUGUGAAGACACCUAUCACUGGGGUAUUAGGGAAUACUGGCCAUCACUGUGGGCAUCAGUGUGAAGACGCCUAUCAUAGGGGUAUUAGGGAAUACUGGCCAUCAUUUGAGGGCAUUAGUGUGAGGGCACCUAUCACUGGGGUAUCAGUGGUCACCGGCCUUUUCUGAGGGACAUCAGUGUGAAGGCACCUAUCACUGGGGUAUCAGUAAUCACCCGGCUUCUUUGAGGGGGCAUCAUUGUGAGGGCACAAAACUAGGUUUAUUACUAGAUACAUAACUAAGGAGCAGCAUACCAUACUGGCAGGUGCAUCUGAGCGUCAUUACCCGGCAUCCUAAGCACUAUCACAUGGUGCACAUCGGCAUAAUUUAGGAUACGCAGAGAUCCUGGAUGCAGACCGUGGGGUUGAGGAUGUGGGUCUGGCAGCGGGCAGGACCCAGCGGGAGAAAAAGCGAUCGUACAAGGACCUGCUACGCGAGGAAGAGGAGAUAGCAGAGCAAGUUCGCAAAUCCUCUAAAAAGAGGCCGAAGGACUCAGAUUUGCUCUCUAUGCUGCCCGAAUCGCACAAGAAGAAAAAGAAGCACAGCUCUGAUGAAGCCUAUAUUCCAGAGGUUUCCCUGGAUAGCUCCAAAAAGAAAAAGAAGCUUCCUCAUCAUGGCCCCUCUUCACCUUCCUCAGACAAUGCCAUGGACAUCCUCACAGCUAUUACCUCUCCUAUAGUCACCUCCACCAAACCACCCUCUAAGAAAGUAGACAAAGUGCUAGCUUCUUCCGUCGGAUUGCAGUCCCCCAGCCAACCCCCCCGCAAAGAUCACCACAAGAAAAGUGGGGAGACAUCAGGGGAGGAGCACGCCCACAAAUCAAAGAAACCCAAACCUCUCACUUUGCGGGAACCAGAUGGUUUAAGGAUGAAGCUAAUCCUGUCUCCCAAGGAGAAGACCAGCGACCAUUCAGUCUCGCCCCAGGGAAGUCCAGUGCUCAGCGACAGCUCAUCUUCCAAAAAGAGCGUCAAGAAAGCCUCAAGAGAGGAGACAGAUGCUAGGGGCAGCCAUAAAAAACACAAGAAGGAAAGCCACGCCCCACGGCCUGGAUCAACACCCGAAUCGGCUUCUUCUUCUGCGGGGGAACUCGAGGUUGGACAUCUGGUUAUUGAUGACUCAUUCCGGGAGAUGAAAAAGAAAAAAAAGUCUAAGAAAAGCAAAAAGAAAAAGGACAAACACAAAGAGGAUAAACACAAAAAGCACAGCAAGAGCAAGAGGGAGUCAGAUGGAAGCAUCGUGCAGUCUCCUCCCCUAGUGUUGUCUCCGCCGCAACCGUCAACUCCCACCGCUAUGCUCGUGCAGUCCUCACCACCUCCUUUACCUCUUCCAGAUGCCACCCACCCUUUACAACCGGAGCCGUCAAUAGAGAAGAAGAAGAAGCGAGAUGACACUGAGAAGCCCAAGAAGAAGAACAUGUCGGCCUAUCAGGUCUUCUCCAAGGAAUAUCGAAGCAGCAUUAUCGCAGAACAUCCAGGGAUAGACUUUGGAGAGCUGAGUAAGAAACUGGCCGAGGUGUGGAAGCAACUCCAAGAAAAAGACAAGCUUGUUUGGAAACAGAAGGCGCAGUAUCUCCAGCACAAGCAAAACAAAGCGGAGGCCACAACUGUAAAACGUAAAUCUGGCAGUUCUGAGUCAGCUCCACGGAGUAAAGGCUCCUCCUCAGGUGUCUCCUCACCUCACAAGAAAUCCCCAAGCAGUGUCCCAUCCUUCUCCUCCUCCCCAGCAAAGGUUCCUGAAACUGAGCCCAUUGAUGUGGCUGCCCAUCUACAGCUACUUGGAGAGUCCUUGAGCCUGAUUGGGCACCGGCUGCAGGAAACUGAGGGUAUGGUUGCGGUAUCAGGCAGCCUGUCCGUCCUUCUGGAUUCCAUCCUGUGUGCUUUGGGCCCAUUAGUUUGUCUCACAAGCCAUGUGCCCCAGCUGAAUGCCUGCCCGAAGCAAGUCUUGUCAAAUACUCUGGAUAAUAUCGCUUACAUCAUGCCGGGCUUGUGACAGCGGCGUCUGCGGCGCAGGAUGUUUUUAGACUCUGUACAGUACUGUAUGAUAUGUAUACAUAGAAUCUGUGAUUUUAUCAUGAAGAAAGAAGAGUGUUUGUUUUAUUCCGGUAUAUCACAGCAGCUACCUACCUGAGCACAGACUGCGCAACCAGGUGAUCCACUCACUACUGAAUCAGGAAAUACCAUCCGUCUUGCUACAAAAGUGACAGAUAUUACAAGAGCGGGUGAGGGUAAACAGAAUUGUUAAUGAAAGGGGAAAUUUAAGCAUUUCUAUUAAUAUUAAAGGGGCAUGGGAGUCAAAAUUAUACUGAUUCAGAUAGAGUGUACAAUCUAAAAAAGUGAUACACUCGGCUUGUGCACAAACACUCUAUUACACAGUACUCCUAGCUAUACAGCUAAGUUUACCAUAGAGGGGCUUCUGCACUAUAUAGCUUCCUCUACAGGUCCCAUGUAUAAACAUUGCUUCAUAUACUGCUGCUGGCGCAUAGCGCACAAAUCACGUGCACGCCCCUGAACGUACUUCAGUAUGUUCUCGUGGAACAGAAGUCCCUUUAUAAUUUUUGAAAUGCCCCCAUCGACUUAAUGACAUUUUAAUACUGGCCGAAUUGUGGUUUUCUUAGACCAAAUUCUGUUGCUGCCAAUGAGGCUGUGAUUUGAUGUCUACUCUAAGAUUUCUCCACCCGCAGUUCUUUGUUUGUUGUUUUGUUUACAAUUUAUGGUCUUAGACAAAGCUAUGCUUUCUGUAGUCACAAUCACUAUAUUGCACAUUACCUGUAUCUGACUGCUACAAAACACUAACAAAGAGAUGUGGGUGGAGAAAAUUGUGCAAGAUUAUUUCAAAUUAGCAUUCUUUUUUAUUUAACACAUUAAUAAUUGUACAGUGUGUUCAUUAUAAAUGAUUUGUGUGUCAUUUUACAACCAACUUAUGAAUUGCAGGCAGAGCUAUGUCAGUGCCCAGGGAAUACGCUGCUCUGUAUUUUGCUGACAAGCCAGAGAUAAAGCUUUUACUGACUUUGAAUUGUUGUCCCCUGGGUGCCAUUUAUAUGGUUUUUAACUGUUUUUAUAAAUAAAGAGAAUAUAAUUUGUAUUCAGCUGGUGCUCUAUGUUUAAUAUAUUCUUGGCUUGUUACAAAAACUGAUCAUGCAUCUCUUUAUUGGAAAGUAUCCUUAAAGGGACAGAAAGCACCUUGAGAUUUGUAUAUAAAAUGUUUUGUUAUGUGUAAUAAAAUAAUGUGGCAGUAUA